AAGACGUCUCUAGUCGGACCCACUUUCUCUCCAAUGCCCCACUAUUACCCAGAGCUGCCCUAUGUCGUGAUUGCGGGGAUCAAUGACGACCUCGGGACUCUCCACGUUCUCGCGAGUCAUUCCGGAACCGCGAAUACCAAGGCCUCAACAGCACAUAAUCAACGCGACUGCCUAAAAGAGGAUUUUUCGUCCGAUGUGGGAGAACACAUCGCCGGCAUCGCUCUGCAUGGAGAAAUUGCUGCUUUGGGUGUAGCCGACAGAAUUUUGGAGAGCCUUAGCAGAGCGUGUGACUGCAAUGGUGGCUCUGUUUGAGACGCACACUUACUUCGGUAUACAACGAAAUCGAGCUUUUGAGACAUUUCACGAGAUUAUCCAAAUACACGCAAAAUGGCUUGGGAGGAACCUCGUAAAACUGGCAUGCAAUACCGCCGCCUGGGUAACUCAGGUUUGCAUGUAUCUGCACUCGGUUUGGGCGGUUGGCUCACCUUCGGUGGCCAUGUCGAGAAUGAACUCACAUUUUCCAUCAUGAAGACAGCAUAUGACAACGGUAUCACGUUUUUUGAUACUGCCGAGUCUUACGCUGGUGGCCAGUCCGAGAUCAUUAUGGGCCAGGCUAUCAAGAAGUUCGCAUGGAAUCGCAACGACAUCGUGAUAUCCACAAAACUCAACUGGGGCGGCGCAAAUGGCGAGGUGCUUGUCAACAACCAUGGUCUCUCACGCAAACACAUCAUCGAAGGACUCCGUGCAUCGCUUAAGCGCAUGGAUUUGGAGUACGUCGAUAUAGUGUAUGCGCAUCGUCCUGAUCGUCUUACGCCCAUGGAAGAAACGGUCCGCGCAUUCAACCAUGUCAUUGAGCAAAAAGGGUGGGCGCUGUACUGGGGCACGUCUGAAUGGUCCGCAGAUGAGAUCGCCGAGGCAUGCGGAAUAGCGAAGCAGUUGGGUCUCAUUGCACCGAUAGUGGAGCAACCGCAGUAUAAUUUGCUCGAAAGGAAGAAGGUUGAGGGCGAAUUCCAGCGCCUUUAUGCACGAUUUGGACUUGGCUUAACUACAUUCUCGCCAUUGAAGUUUGGGCUGCUGAGUGGGAAGUACAACGAUAGUCCAGAUGCACCGCCAGCAGGUUCAAGAUUCGCCGAAGGAAAAGAUGGCUUCGUGAGUGGAAUGCGUGACCGAUAUGGAAACGAUGAGUGGAGUGGCAUGAUCAACAGCGCAAGAAACUUGAAGCCAAUUGCGGAUAAGCUGGGCAUCAAUCAAUCGCAGCUGGCGCUUGCGUGGUGCUUGAAGAACCCGCAUGUCUCUGCAGUGAUUACUGGGGCUUCGAGACCGGAGCAGGUGGUGGACAACUGUGCAGCUCUGAAAGUUUUGGACAAGCUUACGCCAGACGUCAUGACGGAGAUUGAUGGUAUUGUAGGAGGCAUCCAGCUGGACCCUGCACGACAGGAUUAGCUUGGUUAUACUUACUCUUGAUCAACAAAGACUCAGUUCACCAUCUAAAUGUCAGUGCACCCGUCUGACUGCAUCUGUAUUGUCCUGGAAACACCUGAAAUGCUUUCAUGGCUACAUGCUGUACAAAAUCUAAUUCAAAGACGCAUAAAGCGCUAAGGCUUCUUGCCCUGGUCUUUCUUGGCUUCGUUCACUUGGGGCAAUAUCUCAUGAACCUUCAUGUCUAGCCCG